UGCUAUAAUUGCAGCAGUGUUCGUGAUUCAUGCGCGUGGAACGUGUCGUUGUGACUGAUACACAAAUCGUCUUUCGAAAAUCGUAACCGUGUAGGAUGGAAGUUCGCGUUUUCACGAUCUAAAUCGCAUUAUGCCUCGAGAGACAUGAUGGAAACGCAUCGACGAUUACGUUAACGUGUUUAACGACCGCCAACAUUUAAGUGUGUUACUUCUUUUCUUUCUCGGAAUUGUGACAUAGAAUUCGUGUUUGUUGACAGGUGUGUGCGUAUAUCUUUAAUUCCUUUCUGUUAAUCUAUCUAGUUUCGUCUUUGUUCGAUCUUGCCACCCAUUUGCCCUAUUACCGUCACCUUUCAACCCUAAGCGACUUAUCCUCCAUUUUCAUACGCCGGGUAAAAAAGAGUGUACCUCUUUACCCUCUACAUUCCCCACCACCCUUUGCUCCCUUGGGUUAGUCUGUCUCUCUCCCUCCCCCUCUCUUUGUCUCUUUCUCCGAGCCUCUCAUUUUCUCCCCCUCUUUCAGGACAUCGUUGAUUUUUCUUUCUUUUAUUAAAUGUGCACGAUAACAAGACAAUUUUUGGCUCCCUUGCACACGGUGAAUGUGAAUGAGUGAUCGUUGGUUUCGCGCGGUGGCCGAUCAUCAUCGGCUGAUCUGCCUCUGAAAAGCGGAUGAACGUGAAUGCUUCCUACGUUUAACUGGUGUCAAUGUGCACACAGUGUAACGUUAUCGUAGCAUCGGCCGUCAGCAAACAUUUUUAAAAGGGAUCCCCGUGUCCGGAAAGGAAAAUUCGACAUGAUGAAGGGCAGCUCUAUGCUCAAGAAAGAGAGCAAAAUGCGCAUACGUGCUUUCCCGAUGACUAUGGAUGAAAAGUAUGUAGAAAGUAUCUGGUCCCUAUUAAAAAAUGCGAUUCAGGAGAUUCAAAAGAAAAACAACUCUGGGCUCAGUUUUGAAGAACUUUAUCGCAAUGCUUAUACUAUGGUACUUCACAAAUAUGGGGACCGCUUAUAUACGGGUCUAAAGGAAGUAGUAACACAUCACCUUGAAAACAAAGUACGGGAAGAUGUAUUAAGGUCUCUACAUAAUAAUUUUCUUCAAACGUUAAAUCAAGCUUGGAACGACCACCAAACAUCAAUGGUGAUGAUUAGAGAUAUUUUGAUGUAUAUGGAUAGAGUGUAUGUGCAACAGAAUGACGUAGAUAAUGUGUAUAAUUUGGGACUUAUCAUAUUUAGAGAUCAGGUGGUCCGAUAUGGAUGUGUUAGAGAUCAUUUAAGAGAAACUUUACUAGAUAUGGUAGGAAGAGAAAGGAGGGGAGAAGUAGUAGAUCGCAUCGCGAUAAAAAAUGCCUGCCAAAUGUUAAUGUUACUCGGCAUUAACAGUCGUCAAGUUUACGAAGAAGAUUUUGAAAGACCCUUUUUACAACAGAGUGCUGAAUUUUAUAGAAUGGAAUCUCAGAAAUUCUUGGCAGAAAAUAGUGCGUCGGUAUAUAUAAAAAAAGUCGAGGCUAGAAUCUGCGAAGAAUCAGAAAGAGCGAAGCAUUAUUUAGACGAAUCUACUGAGCCACGAAUAGUAGAAGUUUUAGAAGAAGAAUUAAUUAAAAUUCAUAUGAAGACUAUUGUUGAGAUGGAAAACAGUGGUGUAGUUCACAUGCUUAAAAACCAAAAAACUGAAGAUCUUGGUUGCAUGUACAAAUUAGUUUCCAGAGUUUCGGACGGGCUGCGUACAGUGUGCGAUUGCGUUUCACAAUUUCUCAAAGAGCAAGGACGUGCCAUGGUUCAGGAAGAACACGAGUCGACAACGAACGCUGUUCUUUUCAUUCAGAAUUUGUUGGAUUUGAAAGACCGUUUCGAUCAUUUCCUUCACUACUCGUUCAAUAAUGAUAAGAACUAUAAGCAAAUGAUUGCGUCCGACUUCGAAUAUUUCCUGAAUUUAAAUACAAAGAGUCCAGAGUACCUCUCACUCUUCAUCGACGACAAGCUGAAGAAGGGUGUUAAAGGGAUGACAGAACAGGAAAUUGAAGGUAUUCUGGACAAAACUAUGGUUCUAUUCCGGUUUCUUCAAGAGAAAGACGUGUUUGAACGGUACUAUAAGCAACACUUAGCGAAACGCCUUCUGUUAAAUAAGUCUGUGUCCGAUGACAGUGAAAAGAACAUGAUAUCUAAACUUAAGACUGAAUGUGGAUGCCAGUUCACGUCCAAAUUAGAGGGAAUGUUCAAAGACAUAACAGUCAGUAACACUAUUAUGGAUGAAUUUAAGGAUCACGUUCUUACAUCUAACACAAACUUACAUGGUGUCGACAUAAGUGUUAGGGUCUUGACGACCGGUUUCUGGCCAACGCAAUCCGCAACUCCGAAAUGCAGUAUGCCGUCUGCACCGCGAGAUGCUUUCGAUGCCUUCCGACGUUUCUAUCUCGCGAAACACAGUGGUCGACAGUUGACAUUACAGCCACAAUUAGGAUCAGCAGAUUUGAAUGCCAUAUUUCAUGGGCCACGAAGAGAAGAGAGUAGUUGCGUUGGUCUCGACACUCCGUCGUCCUCCAGUUCGAUUGGUAACGGAAGUGGUAGUGCUAACGGUAGUUUGUUAAGCCAGCGCAGCAGCAGUUGCGGAAACACGAGGAAACACAUAAUACAAGUGUCGACUUAUCAAAUGUGUGUCUUAAUGCUCUUUAACAAAAGAGAUAAAUUAACAUAUGAGGAAAUUCAAGGUGAAACCGAUAUUCCAGAAAGAGACUUGGUUAGAGCAUUGCAGAGUCUCGCGAUGGGUAAAGCUACGCAAAGAGUGUUACUGAAGCAUCCUCGUACAAAGGAAAUAGAACCUACGCAUUAUUUCUGCGUGAAUGACAGUUUUACCAGUAAACUGCACAGAGUGAAGAUACAAACAGUGGCGGCGAAAGGUGAAUCAGAACCAGAGAGAAGGGAGACACGUAACAAAGUCGAUGAAGACAGGAAACAUGAGAUAGAAGCGGCUAUCGUUCGUAUUAUGAAAGACCGGAAACGCAUGCCUCAUAACAUACUUGUAACAGAAGUAACAGAGCAACUAAGAGGACGAUUCUUGCCUUCGCCCGUAAUUAUUAAAAAACGUAUAGAAGGUUUAAUUGAACGUGAAUAUUUGGCACGCACGCCAGAAGAUAGAAAGGUAUAUACGUACGUUGCUUAAUGCUCGAACUCAAAUGUUGGAUCUGUACAAACAUUAUGCCAAAAGUGGAAUCUACGAAUCUGUAACAGAUGCGGAG